AUGGCGCAGGAGCCGGUCUGGGCGGCCAUGGCGCAGGGAACGACCAUGUGCUUGACGGCACUGGCCAUGGACGACAACAGGGAGUGCCGGAUGUUGCGUUAUCAUUCUUGGCGUCCCAACCAUCAGCUACGUCCAGUGCACAGCCUAGGAGACGUGCUCCAUCGACCACCAAAAGGGCAAGGGAUGAUGAGUCAACUUAAGAACAAAUGGGACAAGUUGAAGGGUGAUUAUGGUGCAUGGAGAAAAUUGAUGAGGAAACAAACUGGAACCGGUUGGAAUUGGGACAAGGGAACUAUCAACAUGGAUGCCGAGUGGUGGAAAAAAAUCAAACAAGAGAUACCUGGUGUCGGGAAAUUUAAGAAUAGACCUAUCCAAAAUGAAGAUGAUUUGAAGGUUAUGUUUGGGAGCAUCAUAAAUGAAGAGAUAGAUCAUUGGAAUCCUAUGUCGUCCAACCCCAUCAUCCCUCCUAGUGGAGAUGCACCCCAUCAUAUCGAUCUGGACAAUGGUGAAGAGGAUGAAAUGGGGCAUGAUAAUGACUUCGAUAAUGUUGAUGAGGAAGUCUCUCCUACACCUGCUAAGAGAAAGGCUCAUAUUAUUCUUGAAAAACCUAACAAGAAACCCAAGUCUAGCACUGCACUUGUUAUACAAGAUCAUAUUUCCAAGAUAUCAGAUAGUGCUCAAGCUUUUGUGGCUUCUAAGCAAGUGGGGAUCACAAUUGGAGAAGUCAUGACUCAUGUCAUUGCAUGUGGGGCUGCUGAGGGGAGUGAUGAGCACUAUGUGGCAACUGAGUUAUUUGUGAAGAAAGAACAUAGGGAAAUGUUCAUGACUUUUUCCACCGACGAGGCUAGGUUCAAUUGGCUAAAGAGAAAGUUCGACAUGCUGUUUUCAAAGUGAUAAUUAUAGAAACUACAAUCUAGUGUUUCAGUCUAGUGCUAUGUGAACUUAUAUAUUGUGCUGUGA